AUGAAGAUAGACGGCACAGUCAUUGAAGAUUCCAGACACUAUCAGAAACCAAUGAAAAUUACAUUGGGACAUAAAUUAGAAUGUUGGGAACAGUGUUUACAGACAAUGCGCAUUGGUGAAGUGGCAAAAUUUACAAUUGGCAAAGAAGUAUGUGUUUAUCCAACAGUAGCAAAACAAAUAGGUGAUUAUUAUAAAAGCCAGAUGCCUAAUCAAAAACAUUCACAGCAUGGUGACAAUGAUCAUACACACAGUCGUCACUGUUGUGGUUUCAUGGCUAUGGAGCAAGGAUUGGGUUACAGCGGCUUAGACAGUUGA